AGUCAGUGUUGAGUAUUCUCGGUCGUCAAGUCAAAAUCAAGAUUAAAAAUCUUAGGAUAUACGAUUCUCGAGUCUAUUUAACAUCCAAAAGAUAAGUGUAUUGGAAGAAAAAUUUUGUGUAGCACUAGGUAGUCGUGUUUUUAUGCCGAUUGUUCAAUUCCAAACUGAAGUAUCUGUGUUUUAUAAAGUUACGUUGUGAGUGUGGAGCAUAUUUAAUAUCUACGUAGAACAGUUAAUAUUACGUGCUCUAAUAACCUCUUUGUAAACGUAGAAAAAUUGCCCAGACAAACGUCAAAAUCGAAAAAAAACUUCAGUGACAUUUCUGUGGCAAGUCCUUGAUUUUCUUUUUAUUUAUUGACAGUUAGCAAACUGGGUGCCGAACAAUCAGCCAUGUCCGUUUCUCAGAUGGAGAAAAACCUUUUUAAUCUUAAAUUUGCUGUAAAAGAAUUAGAAAGAAAUUCAAAAAAAUGCGAGAAAGAAGAAAAAUUAGAAAAAGCAAAGGUCAAGAAAGCAAUUCAGAAGGGAAAUAUGGAAGGUGCAAAAAUUCAUGCUGAAAAUGCCAUCAGGCAAAAAAAUCAAGCUUUGAAUUAUUUGAGAAUGAGUGCACGAGUUGAUGCUGUAGCUAGUAGGGUACAAACAGCUCUGACAACAAGAAAGGUUACACAAUCUAUGGCUGGAGUUGUAAAAGCUAUGGAUGCAGCUAUGAAAUCUAUGAAUCUAGAAAAAAUUUCUGGUCUCAUGGAUAAAUUUGAGAGUCAAUUUGAAGAUUUAGAUGUUCAAAGCUCUUACAUGGAGAAUGCAAUGUCACAAACUACCACAACAAAUGUUCCGCAAAAUGAUGUCGACAGCUUAAUGCAACAAAUAGCGGAUGAGGCUGGACUCGAAUUAAAUAUGGAGCUGCCUUCAGGACAACUGGGAAGUGUUGGAGCCUCAACAGCUGUCAGUCAAGAACAGGAUGAAUUAACACAAAGAUUAGCUAGACUUAGAGAAUAGAUGUAUAACAAAAUCAAUUAUAUGUAUGAUAUAAUUUUAUGUAUAUUUUUAAUAAUACUGAAAUGUUUAUUAUUAUAAGAUAAAAACACUUAAUUUUAUACAAGAAGUAUUGGUUUGAAACACCCUAAUUCUUACUAUUGAAUGACAUCAUAUGAAAUUAGCAGAGUUUUAUCCAUUGAUGUCUGGUUUUUUUAUCUAAAUAUAUUUUCCUUUAUAUAUAAAAUACUACAUAUUCAUUUGAAUUAUAAUUUGGAAAUGUACAGAUUAUGAAAAGGAACAUUAAUGCUGAAUUAAAAAUGAAUUGUUAUAUUUUCCAAGAUUAUUACAGAGUACUUUCUAAAAAGCUGUUUAAAUGCCUUAUUUGUUGGAUUGUUCCCUGGAUAUCAAUAAAAUCAUCAAGGAGAAAUGUGAGAAAACAA